UUUCCGAUCAAAUGGGACGAGAAUCAACCUGAUGAGUAUCCUCCCGAGCUAGAACAAGCUGAGGUGGACGAAACAGAUCUGUUGCCUCUUGAAGAUGUUGAAGACGAAGAGGAGAAACAGGAAGAAGAGGAAGAAGCUGAGGGCAACAUUGAAGGCGAUGUUGAUUUGGAACAAAGCAUGGAUAACGAUGAGGGGAAAGAUGAAGAAGAAGAAGAGAAGGUAGAGGAAGAAGAAGGCGACAAGGUAGAAGAAGGAGACGAGGAACAGGACAAGCCCUCAGACGAUGUACACAUGUCUGAAGAAACAUCGGAAACAUCUGGCAAUACUUCAGCCACUGAAAAUGUUGUCGAAAGUGAUUCCUUAAGCAGAGACGGCAAGGCUGAAGUGAAGGAAGCUGGCGAUGCUCCAUUUUCUGACGUAACUAAUGACUCACAAGUAGCUCAGUAA